UCAUAUCCUAUCGCUUUUACCAGUCGUUAGCAAUACAAUGCGGUAAAAAAAAACACUUUUACUGGAUGGUUAGAAAAAAAUGACAAAUAGAAAGUGAUAGUUUGACACUAAGGGGAUGAAAAAAGCGACUUUAGAGAGGCGGAAGUUCGAAAAACUGAACUGUUAUCAUCGACAGUGUCACUUUCACUCCUGUCAUGGAAGAAGAGGAGGAGGAGGAGGAAGAGGAGGAGGAGGACCGGUGGAGAGAGAGGAGGUGAAGGGAGAGCCCAACCUCAGCCUCCAGCUAGGAAGAUUUUAUAUAUUUAUUUGAUGUUAAAGUGAUGCUUGGCCACAAAGGAGCAGGCUAAAAACAAGACAAACAGGGUCAUCAAUCUGCAGUGUAACUAACAAAGAAGUAAGAACUUACCUGAAAGUGAGGAUGCUGCUCUGGAGGAUGUGUUCAAGGAUCCAACGGAAAGCUCGUAAAUAUUCCUGGAAAACCACCAGGACUUUAUCACAAGGUCAACAUGGCAGCCCCUUUGCCCACCGCGGUGAGCUGUGCCGCGCAAAAAGGAUUGUAGUCAAGCUAGGGAGUGCUGUGGUCACUCGCGGGGACGAGUGCGGCCUGGCGCUGGGGAGGCUAGCGUCCAUCGUGGAGCAGGUGGCCGUGCUGCACAACCAAGGCCGUGAAAUGAUGAUCGUCACCAGUGGAGCGGUAGCCUUUGGCAAGCAGCGACUCCGACACGAAAUCCUGCUGUCUCAGAGCGUCCGUCAGGCCCUGCACUUGGUCAACAGUCAACACAAAGACACGCAGUCAUUACCGGUGCUGGAGGCCCGAGCCUGUGCAGCGGCGGGCCAGAGUGGAUUGAUGGCGCUGUACGAGGCCAUGUUCACCCAGUAUAGCAUCUGCACCGCGCAGGUUCUGGUGACCAAUCUGGACUUCUGCAAUGACCAGAAGAGGAAGAACCUCAACAGCACUCUACAGGAACUACUGCACAUGAAUAUCGUACCUAUCAUCAACACCAACGACGCCGUGGUUCCCCCGCCGGAGCCCAACAGCGACUUGCAGGGGGUGAUUAGCAUCAAGGACAACGACAGCCUGGCGGCGCGUCUCGCCGUAGAGAUGAACGCCGGUCUGCUCAUCGUGCUCUCUGACGUGGAAGGACUGUACAACAGCCCCCCCGGAACAGAUGACGCCAAGCUCAUUGACACCUUCUAUCCCGGAGACCAGCAGUCCAUUACCUACGGUACAAAGUCCAGAGUCGGGAUCGGCGGCAUGGAAGCCAAAGUGACAUCGUCCAUAUGGGCGUUACAGGGUGGCACCUCGGUGGUCAUCGCCAACGGCACCCAUCCCAAAGUCACGGGCCACGUCAUCACCGACAUUGUCGACGGGAAGAAAGUGGGCACGUUCUUCUCUCAGAUCAAACCGGCUGGUCCAACUGUUGAGCAGCAGACAGAAAUGGCCCGGAAAAUGGGAAGAAAGAUAGCAUCCCUGCACUCGGAGCAGAGGAGCAAGAUCAUCUCCCACAUUGCAGACCUCCUGACUGAAAGGAAAGAUGAGAUCCUCUCUGCCAACAAGACGGACUUGGACCUGGCUGUCAGUGCAGGCCAACUUCCGCAUGCUAUGUUGAAGCAUCUUAGCCUGUCGCCGGCGAAGCUAAACAACCUGACUGUGGCGCUUCGCCAGAUAGGAGCUUCUGCUCGGGACAGAGUAGGUCGGGUGUUGCGCAAGAUCAGGGUGGCUCAUAAGCUGGAGCUGGAGCAGAUCUCCGUGCCCAUCGGGGUUCUUCUGGUCAUCUUCCAAGCGAGGCCUGACUGUCUGCUUCAGUUAUCAGCGUUGGCCAUCGCCAGUGGGAACGCGCUGCUGCUGAAGGGCGGCAAAGAGGCGGCAAACACCAUCCGUGUCCUCCAUCAGCUCACUCAGGAAGUUCUCUCCAUGCAUGGCGUCACAGAGGCUGUGCAGCUGGUAAUGAAAAAUAAAAAAGUGAGCUCUCAUGACGAGGUGGAGGAUCUCUGCUGCCUGGACAAGAUGAUUGACUUGAUCAUACCUUGCGGAUCCUCCAGGCUAGUCCGAAAAAUCCAGCGAUCCGCCAAGGGCAUCCCGGUGCUGGGUCACACCGACGGCAUCUGUCACGUCUACGUGGACGCAGAAGCGAGCGUGGAUAAAGUCAUCAAGAUCGUCCGAGACGCCAAGUGUGAAUACCCGUCUGCGUGCAAUUCCAUGGAAACGCUCCUGAUCCACCGUGACAUCCUCAGAACGCCGCUUUUCGACCAGAUCAUUGCGACACUCCACACCGAGAAAGUGAAGAUCCACGCCGGGCCGGAGUUGGCCUCCUAUCUGACGUUCAGCCCGUCCAAAGCCGAGUCCAUGCGCAUCGAGUAUGCCGACCUGGAAUGCUGCAUGGAGGUGGUGGAGAACAUGGAGGAAGCUGUGGAGCACAUACACAAAUACGGAAGCUCCCACACGGACGUCAUCGUCACAGAAAAUGAGGACACAGCCGAGCGCUUCCUGCACCAGCUAGCUAGUGCCUGCGUCUUCUGGAACGCCAGCUCGCGUUUUGCCGACGGCUACUGCUUUGGACUGGGAGCAGAGGUAGGCUUUAGCACAGCACGCGUCCACGUCCGUGGCCCCGUAGGGUUGGAGGGGCUGCUCACUACCAAGUGGCUCCUGAGAGGGGACGGACAUGCGGUAACUGACUUCACAGAGCAAGGCACCAUGAAGUACCUCCAUGCUAACCUGGACCCUGGUCAGGCGGAGGAACAACAGCUCAAUUAAAGUAGCAACUCAUUCAUUCAUUCAUUCAUUUUCUACCGCUUUUCCUCACGAGGGUCGCGGGGGGUGCUGGAGCCUAUCCCAGCUGUCUUCGGGCGUAAGGCGGGGUACACCCUAGACUGGUCGCCAGCCAAUCACAGGGCACAUAUAGACAAACAACCAUUCACACUCACAUUCAUACCUAUGGACAAUUUGGAGUCGCUAAUUAACCUAGCAUGUUUUUGGAAUGUGGGAGGAAACCGGAGUACCCGGAGAAAACCCGGCCAGAGAUGGCCGAGGGUGGAAUCGAACUUGGGUCUCCUAGCUGUGUGGCCUGCGCGCUAACAACUAAGUCCAUAAUACAGUUAUUAAGUUUCAAAAAUUCAUAAAUUAAUGAAUUGAUCGCUGUCUUGUGGUUGACUAUAGCCUAUUAUUAGUCUAAUCAAAUAUUGCAAUACAUUCAUUCAUUUUCUACCGCUUAUCCUCACAAGGGUAGCGGGAGUUGCUGGAGCCUAUCCCAGCUGUCUUCGGACAAGAGGCCGGGUACACCCUGGACUGGUGGCCAGCCAAUCACAGGGCACAUAUAGACAAACAACCAUUCACACUCACAUUCAUACCUAUGGACAAUUUGGAGUCGCUAAUUAACCUAGCAUGUUUUUGGAAUGUGGGAGGAAACCGGAGUACCCGGAGAAAACCCACACAUGCACGGGGAGAACAUGCAAACUCCACACAGAGAUGACCAUGGGUGGGGAAAGACAAAAUAAGAAGCCAAAAAGUUACCACUUCCACACAAAAUAGGAGGAGAACUCAUUAAUUAAUUCAUUUUCUCCACACAGAGAUGCCCGAGGGUGGGAUUGAACCCUGGUCUCCUAGCUGUGAGGUCUGCGCGCUAACCCCUAGACCACCGUGCCGCACCAAAAGUAGCAACUAUUAAAAAAAAAAAAUGUUAGCAAGAACAAUGUGGAACUGCAACAGCAAAUUCUUAAUUACCACUCUCUACCUGUUCUACAUCAUUAAUUUAUUAAUGAAAACAAUUUAUUUUCUAUUUUCUGUGUCAUUUAUGCUCUUAAUUUAAUAUUUUCUGUUGUGAAUCCCAAUUAUAGGAUUUACAUUGGAAUAAAAAUGUAUAAAAGUGGUGUGAUAAACCCAUUAAGAAACAUACAAAUUGAAUGCCACAUAGCAUCCAGAGAUGUUAUUUACUAC